AUGUCACACCUUCUCAGCAUCCACCUCGAGCAGAUAGCCCUCUCUUGCCAGGGCAUCGAAUCGCUCCCCUUUCCACCGCCCAAAAUCUUCACCAACGCCCUCCUCCACAACACCGACAUCACCUCCCUCAUUCGCGACACGGAACCUCACGAACGCGCCCUCUUCUCCGUGCCCCCGCCGCCGCCCUUAGCGACAGCCCAGCCCGACCCCGCCGCCGCCGCCGCGUCAACAUCCCACCCCCAAGACCGCCGCAAGACCGUCUUCGCCGUCUCGUCGGGCGAGGUCACGACGGGCGGCGGACCGACGGGUCGCCCGGCGCGGCGCAACACGGCCGUUGCGGCCGUGCUGGGCGGAGACCUCCACGCGCAGCUGGCGCGGCGCCGGGCGGGCGACGACGUCGACGUCGAGGUCCUGCUGCGGGGCGCCGAGAAGCUGUGCGGCGUGUACGCGCUGCCCGGGGCGGAGGCGCGGAUCGCGGCGCUGCGGGGGCGGUGGGGUCGGAACGCCAACACGGCUGCGUACUACGAGGCCCGGGUCGCCGAGCAGACGGCGAGUAUGGAGCGCACCAAGGGCCAGUGGGGUUACGAGGACGAGGAGGACGAGGAGCAGGACGAGGAGGAGGAUGGCGGCGCGCAUGACGGGCAUGUCAUGACGGAGGAGGAUCUGCGGGCGGAGGAGGAGGAGGUGCGGGAGCUCGAGCGGAAGAAGAGGGAGCUCCAGGCGCGGCUGAGGGCCAUGGACAAGGAUCUCGGAGGGCUGCUUCACAUGUGA